AAAAUCUGGCAUCGAUGGUCAAAAUAUCUUGUCAUCACAUCGAACCCAGUGCAAGGGGGACCCCAAUCAAGAUGGGUUCCGCGAGUUUUGCUUCAGUCUUAGCCAAUGGCUGGCAGAGUUUCAGUUCGCCAGUGGCUUUCGUGCGCACGUUAGCAACCACCAACGCUCCGCUCUGUAAGCACUACAACGACAAUCACUUGGUUGCUUGGUCUUCGACUUCUGGGUCUCCACAAAGCAAUGGCAGAACGUUUGCAUGUGAAUCCUCGAGUCCAGACGUUACCGCCAUAACUCCUGUUGUAUGCGGCCCCGAAUAUCAUCGCUUGCUUCCGUGUACCACACACAAGGGCCCGCCCAGAGUUGAACACUUGGUUGUUUCAGAAGAAGGGCCUGUUCUGGAAUAUAUCUGUAAAACUCUGGAUCUUCCUCCUCUGUUCGUUGCAGAUCUCAUUCGUUUUGGAGCUGUAUAUUAUGCCCUUGUAUGUCCAAAGCCUCCUCCAAGUGCCACCCCAGAGCAACUUAGGAUAUUUGAAGUUGUUACAGCACCAUCAGUACUAAGAAAGAGAGCUUCCAUCAAAGGGAAAACAAUACAAGCGGCACAAAAGACUUUUAGGGUAACUCAUGUAGAUCAGUUCCUUGAAGCCGGAUCAUACUUACGGGUGUAUGUGCACCCAAGACGCUUUCCAAGGUGCUAUGAAAUUGACUGGAACUCAAGGAUCAUAGCUGUGGCUGAAUCCUACGUGGUUUUGGACAAACCUUCGGGUACAUCAGUGGGCGGAACUACGAACAAUAUUGAAGAAACUUGUGCAACCUUUGCUACCCGUGCCCUUGGUUUAACAACCCCUUUGUUGACCACCCACCAGAUUGAUAAUUGCACAGAAGGCUGUGUUUUGUUAGCAAGGACAAAGGAUUACUGUUCAGUUUUUCAUGGAAAAAUCAGAGAGAAAAAGGUGAAGAAACUUUAUCUUGCUCUUGUUGCUGCUCCUGUGCCAAUUGGGAUUAUUACGCACUACAUGCGUCCAACAAGCAUGGCGCCAAGACUCAUUUCAGAAGAUUUCAUUGAAGGAUGGAACUUUUGUCAACUUGAGGUCUUGGAAUGCAAGGAGGUUCCGUGGCCGAAUGCUGUCAUUGAAAAUAAAUAUUGUAUCGAAGAUUGCGGCUGGCCCUCCAAAGAUGUUGCAUAUGAGUGUAAAAUCAACCUUCUGACUGGUCGGACUCAUCAGAUUCGAGCACAGCUGGCUGCCUCUGGUGCACCGUUAGUGGGUGACUUGAUGUACAUGCCAGCUGCAAUUGCAGAGAUGAAUAAUCCUGGGCUUAACCCAUUUGGCAAAUGCAAGAAAGGUUAUACAAGUGAGACAGAUAACUCAACGGCUGUUACAGAAUGGAUUGCACUGCAUGGGAAGGAACCAAAGAUUGCUAUUGGUCUUCAGGCAUGUCAGAUCUCAUGGGAUAAUGGUGCACACACAUAUAAGGCUGGAUCUCCUUGGUGGAGAUGUGAAAUAGCUUAGAAUAGAUACUUGUGGAUAAGGAUCAAAGGAAGGAUGAAAACUAAAUGGUCCAUGCUGUGUGGUUCACUUCAUCUCAUGGAAACAAUUUUGAUAGGGUUGUAAGAAGAAAAGAGAACUUGGUUAGUCCUCAGCUGAAAACAGCUAAAGACAAAAACCCCAACAUUGUCCAGAGGCACCAGAACCACAUCGCCUGAGAAAUUUAACA